CUGCGGAAGGCUUCAGCGGGGAUGUCCUCCUGAGAAAGUAGUGCAGUAGUUGCUCUGCUCAGGACUUGGCAGGUUGUGGUACUACUGCAGGAGAGAUGGCUUCGCUUAGCCCUUUCGGAAGGUCCACCACGGACAUUCGCAAUGUGAUGCAAAGACUGCAAGAUGAACAGGAGUUGGUCCAGAAAAGAACUUUUACAAAGUGGAUUAAUUCACAUCUGGCCAAGCGUAAACCUCCUUUAGAAAUCAAUGACCUUUUUGAGGACAUCAAGGAUGGGGUGAAACUGCUGGCCCUGUUGGAGGUGCUGUCUGGGCAGAGAUUACCAUGUGAACAGGGUCGGCAGUUAAAGAGAAUCCACUGGGUGUCCAACAUCGGCACUGCUCUGAAGUUCCUGGAGGGAAGGAAGAUCAAAUUAGUAAAUAUAAAUGCCACUGACAUUGCUGAUGGAAGACCAUCCAUAGUCCUGGGGUUGAUGUGGACCAUUAUCUUGUACUUUCAGAUUGAAGAGUUGACAAGUAAUCUCCAGGUCCUACAGGCCCUGUCUAACAGUGCUUCCUCUGUAGAUAGCAUGGCUAAUUCCGAGACCACAAGUCCACCCAUGAAGCGAAAAGUUGUUACCAAGUUCCAGGGCAAUGCUAAGAAAGCCAUGCUCCGAUGGGUGCAGUGCACAGCAACAAAUCGCUUAGGGAUAGAGGUGAAAGACUUCGGUCCUAGCUGGAGGAGUGGUGUGGCCUUCCACUCUGUCAUAUAUGCUAUUCGCCCAGACCUGGUGGACAUGGAACUUGUAAGGAGAAGAAACAACCGUGAAAAUCUGGAGGAAGCCUUUACUGUGGCAGAGAGAGAGCUGGGCAUCCCACGACUCCUGGACCCUGAAGAUGUGGAUGUGGAUAAGCCUGAUGAGAAGUCCAUAAUGACCUAUGUGGCUCAGUUCCUUAAGCACUACCCAGACCCCCACCAGUCUGAGACAGAUGGACACCAAGAGGAGAGAGAGGAAAGAAAGAUUCUACGGGAGUGGAAGGCCUGGCUGGAUCAGCUGGAGAGAGACAUACUCCGUGCACAAGGGACAGAGGGCAACCUCACUGAAAAAUAUCAGGCCUUCAAGAACUUCCGUGUGCAGUACGAGAUGAGGAAAAAACAGAUAGAGACUUUGUUGCAGCCUGUGAAUAAGGACGGUAAACUGUCUGUGGACCAGGCAGUGGUGAAACAGGCAUGGGAGCACGUGUCUGCCCGGCUUCUGGACUGGCAUAUCCAUUUGGAUAAGUCUCUGCCAGGUCCCCUGGGAGUGAUUGGAGCCUGGUUGCAUCGGGCGGAGUUCGCACUCAGAGAAGAUAUUCCUAUUCAGCAGGCCCAUGAAGAGACAGCCAACAUCAUCCACAGGAAGCUGGAGCAACAUAAGGAGGUGCUAAUAAAUCUGGAAGGCCACAGACAGACAUUUCAGCUGAUUCAUAGGGAUAGAUCAGUAAACGGUGUGCCUGUACCGCUUGAACAGCUCCAAGACUUGGCAGAAAGAUUCAAUUAUGUGUCCACUUCAUCUAAUGUUCACCUAAUUAAACUGGAAUUCUGGGAAAUGAAGUAUCGUCUCAUGGCAUUUCUAAUCCUGGCCGAGUCUAAGCUCAAGUCUUGGAUCAUCAAAUAUGGCCGACGGGACUCUGUGGAGUUGCUUCUACAGAACUACAUUGCAUUUAUUGAGGGUCACAAGUUCUUUGAGCAGUAUGAGACAACAUUUCAGACCCUUAAGCAAGCUGCAGACAUCUACAUUAAGUCCGAUAGCUCAGCUGAGGAGUGUGAGGGAAUGAAUAAGUUUUUAAAUGAGACGAUGGCACAGUGGAGAAACUUGUCAGUGGAAGUGCGAAGUGUACGCAGCAUGCUGGAAGAAGUUAUCUCCAACUGGGAGAAAUACAGCAGCAAAGUGGCCAGUCUUCAGGCCUGGCUGGAGGACGCUGAGCAGAUGCUCAACCACUCAGAAAAUGACAAACGCGAAUUCUUCAGGAACCUGCCGCACUGGAUACAGCAGCACAUGGACAUGAAUGAUGCAGGGAACUUCCUGAUCGAGACUUGUGAUGAGACUGUGUCUAGAGACCUGAAGCAGCAACUGCUCCUUCUCAAUGGCAGAUGGCGGGAGUUGUUUGUGAAAGUGAAGCAUUAUGCAAGAGCAGAUGAAGUGGACAAGCUAAAGAAAGACUACGAGGAUGGCAUCUUAGCUUUAAAGAUUUUUGUAGACACGUCCAAUGAGAGGAUGAUUACUCCUGUCCAAGUGUCCUUUUUAAACAUAAGAACAUUUCUUCAAGACAUUGAGGAUAUUAAACAUAAAGUUCCCGCUAUGGAGGCAGUGUAUAAAACAUCCACGCGCAACGCCCAGCAGCUGACCAAAGACACUUCUCAGGAAGAGAUUGCAGACAUGCUGGGUGUGAUGGAAACCAUUAAGGAGGAGCUUGGCAAGAUAAGGGAAAAGGUUGUGCCUUUGCAGAGAGAUUCACAGGCCUUGCUACCUCCUUUAGAAGAAAUGGAGAAGAACAUCACUGGGUUCUACCAGUCUCUAGAGAAGGCCAGUCGCAUCACCAGUUCACGUGACUCUGAGGCCCCAGGAGACUUCCAGCAGAAGUGUCAGGAACUUGUGACAUACCAGCAAAGCUGUAAAAAGUGUCUGACUGUGAUAGAUAAGAACCAUCAGAUCAUAAUGAAAGCCCUAGAAGGCAGCAAAACCUUGAGGCAUUUGGACACAUCUCUGCUACAAAAGAGGGUAGUAGAUCUUCAGGCCUCCUCACAGGCUAUGGUAGAAGAGACCACUGAGUGGAAGAAGCAUGUGGAAGCCAACAGCAGCUUGAUGAAACGAUUUGAAGAGUCUCGUCUGGAGCUGGAGAAGGUUCUUAAAAUAGCCAGAGGCUGUAUGACAGAGAGAGGAAACCCAGAGGAUCUUCUUAAGAAGCACACAGAUUUUUUUGCACACCUUGAUGAACGGGUCCUUAAUUCAUUUCUGAAGGCCUGUGAUGAGCUUACUGAUAUUCUGCCUGAGCUGGAACAGCAGAAUCUACAGGAAACAGUCAGAAAACUGCACAAACAGUGGAAGGAUGUUCAGACAGAGGUUCCAUACCACCUGCUGCAUCUGAAAGUGGAGGUGGAGCGCAAUCGACUUAUGGCCUCUCUGCAGGAGUGUGAAGCCGAACUGGCCCGUGAGAAUCGCAGCCUGCCAGGCAUGGGCAGUGAGAGACUAGUGAAAGAGCACAGGGCUUUUUUCAGCGACAAGGGCCCUCAGAUUCUGUGUGAGAAGCGUUUGCAACAUAUGGAGGAUCUCUGUUUGAAGCUGACAGAAAAUGAGCAGGCACGUCAAACUUUGGAAAAAGCCAGAUCUGCAUUUGCUGAGGUUAAAGAUGAGAUCGAGAGAACUUAUCAGAAACUCAUGCAGCACCCUGACAAAUGGAAGGAGUUUAACACCAGAUUUUCCGAACUGUCUGCCUGGCUGUCUUCCAAGGAAAGCCAGCUUAGAGUUUUGCGAAACCGCGCUAGUGACCCCGGUAAACUUAGUGAGGUGAAAUCCACUAUAGAGAGUUUAAGAAAUGAGGCAGAGCUACAAGAAGGAAAUGUGAGCUGGCUGAAAUCUCGUAUGGCUGUGCUAAUAGAAAUAAGCACUGUGAAUGAUGCCCAAAGGCAGGGAGCUGCCCUUACCAAACUGUCCACUGACUUCAAGAGCCUUCUCAGUUCCCUCUCUGAGUCUGAGAAGCUGGCAUUGGCAGUUGGAGAUUGUGUGCAGUUCCAGGAAGAAGUGAGGAACACUCUGAAUGAACUAAGGCACAGUCAGCAGGAGAUGCAGGCAGAGGUAACAAAGAUCCUCGACUCUGAGUCUUCAAAGGAAGCUCAGCAACUGCUGCUCAUUCACCAGCAACAAUUGAAACGUCUAAGACUGAAAAGGCGAGACAUGCAGCAGCAGAUCAGCAGAGGCCAGGAACUACAAGCUGAAGAGGGCCUGGGAGAGAGCCUCCAGGAUGACCUGCACAAAUUAGAUACCACCCUGAGCCAGAUGGACAAAAGCAUGGAGGCACAGGAACAGGGUCUAGAGGCAACGCUGGCUUCUUGGCAGGAGUUUGACAGCCAGCAAGCAGCAGUGGGGGAGUUUGUGAGCAGAGCACGAUCAGUCACAGAGAGGGAGAUGACGUUCAGUAGCCCAGAGAGUUUAACAACAGAGCUGAAACAAGCUAAAGAUCUGCUGAAGCAGAGUGAGACAGAGGCUAAGGUGGUGAACACACUCCUGAAGAGAGCGGAAGAGAUACAGCUUGGUCCAAAAAAUACUUCUCUGCUCCAAACACAAGCUCACACUCUUAGUGACCAACUGGACCAAACUGUGACUGGCCUCAAGAAAGAUGUGAAGACUCUUGAGGACAUAAAACUUCAGUGGGAGUCCUUUGGGAGUGAAUUUGAGGCGUUCUCCUCAUGGAUCUCUGAGAAGGAAAAGGAACUCGACUCGCUAAAAAGCUCCAGUGAACCACUAGAGCAGCAGAUUAGUACUGCCAAGGCUGUGACAGAAGAGCUACAAGAGCGAGCAGAAAUUCUGUCCCAACUAGAAGACAGAGCUCAAGCUCUAUCCCAAUUUGUAUCGUCAGGAGAAUCUGCACGAAUCAAAGCUCGUCUGACGCAGAUUGGCAGGUACUGGGAAGAACUCAAGGAGAGCAUGGAGCAUCUGAAUGGACAGUUGAUAGAGAGCUGCAGUCACCACCAAAAGUUUAAUACAAACCUUCAACAGGUGCAAUCAGAGAUUGAUACCAUUCAGAAGAAACUGGACACACCUCUCGGAUCCUGCGCAUCAUCAUCUGACAUCUAUAAAGCUCUGCAGGACCACAUGGAUGUGUUCCAAUCUCUGGAGAAGGUAAAGGCCACCUUGCUGUCACUGUGCGCUGGGGCUCGCAGGCUAAGUGAGCGAGAGAAAGCGGAUAAAGCAGUAACAGCGCUGCAGCAAAGCUACGAGGAGAACCUAAAGCAAGCCAAAGACAAACAGAGCCAUAUGGAAAGUCUGUUGUCUCUCUGGCAGAAGUUGGAAAAAGACUUCUGUUCUUUGCAAUCAUGCCUUGAGGGCUGUGAGUCUGUGUCUGCUUCUGCAACCCAGUAUCUCACUGUUGACAAGACAAAGCUUCAUGCAGAGCUAAUGGAGCUAAAGCACCUUCACUCUGAGCUACAGUCCUUAGAGUCACUAUAUGAUGGACUCCUGACCGAAGCUCCAGCCCUGUACCCCACUGCAUCAGAUGAACAAGUGAAGACACUUAAAGAAGACCAUGAGCAGCUGAGGAAAAGAUGGAGCUCUCAAAUUACAACCAUACCCCACAGGAUUCAGGUUCUUCAAGAUCAUAUGUCACAUGUGGAAGAGCAUGAACAAGUACUGCAAAAGUUUUUCAAGUGGGGAGAGUCUUUUCUUUCAUCUCUUCAUUCAUUCUCCCAAGUGAACAUUACAGAUUUGCAGCCGAUUGCCGUAGAGAUAAAGGAGAAGGCAGAAGAGCUUCAGAGUGAGAACAAGGAAAGAGAGCAUCUCCAGCAGCAGACAGAGUCCCUGUGUGCCACCUGUGACCCUGUCGAGCAGCAUCAUCUACAGAACCGUCUGGAAAACAGCUUGCAACCCUUCAUGCAGGCACAGCAGCUGGUUAUGCAGCGAGGUGAGAGUGUAGAGAAGCUGGAGGCUUUCCUGCAGACACACAAUGUGGCUGCAGGCGUCCUCCGAGGCCUCAGACACACGGUGGAGAGUGCUGGUAGCUGGGACAGGAGCCGUGUGGAUGAACUGCAGCGAGAUCUGGAAGGAAUCAUUCCUGAUAUCAGCCGUCUGGAGUCACUAGCGAUUAGUCUGGACAGCAGCCUAUGCAAAGCCCAUCUCCAUCUGGUUGACGCAAAGGAGACUCGCACCUUGUGUCGGUCACUGGCUGACAGUUUAAGUACAGAGCUUGAUGGAGUGAAGACCCUUCUUGGUUCCAAGCAGAGCGAGGCGGAGGCUCUUGGGGCUCUCUGGACCUCAUUUAGACAGCGGAAAGAGCAGCUGCUCAAGAGUGUGGAAGACAUUGAGGAAAAGGCAGACCAGCAGAGCCUUAAAGAGCCCAACCUUCUUACAUUACAACAAAGGCUGCGGUUCUUUAACCAGUUGGAGGAUGAACUGCAGUCACACCAGCAUGAGGAGCAGUGGCUCAGGGAUAAAGGGCAGCAGCUGUCCCAGAGAGAUGCCGAGCUAGCAGGAGAGGUGUUGAGGGAGAUCAAUCUCCUAACGACCACCUGGGAGGAUACCAAGAGACUUAUUACAGAAAGGCAGGAGCAGUGCACUGCCGUAAUCGAGCUUAUGAAGGACUAUCAGGGUCUAAAAUCCUCUAUUAAUACAAUAGUGGAAAAUGCAGAGACUGUAGCUGUCAUCAAACUUGGGCUAAAGGACCAGGAAGACACCAGGAGGUCCCUGUCGAAGCAUGAAGCAAUUAAGAUGGAACUGACAGCUAAUCAAGGAGAACUGGAUCGCUUCUCAAAUAAAGCAAAGCAGCUGGUUUGUGAAUUAAGCCGGAUUCCAGACUGCCAAACUCAAGUGAUAAAGACGGAGAUGGAAGCUGUCGUGGACCAGUGGCUGGAUGUAUCUGAAAGAAUUGAGGACAACCUUGAAAAACUUAGAAAGAGUUUCUCUACAUGGGAGGAUGUUUACCAUAUGAAUGAGGAAAUUGAUAGCUGGUCUAACAGCAGUGUGAUGGAACUCACAGACAGCCUUAACAAGUUCAAUGACAGCCAGAAGACUGAAAAUCGCAUUGCUGAAGUCAAGGUCGAGGUGGAACAGAAAGAGAAGAUGUUAGAAACAGUACAUGCCAAAGUGUUGGAGCUGAAGCAACUUUGUAAUACCAAAGACCUCCCAACAUCCCUGCAGGUCAUGGAGGCUGACCUACAGAAGAAGAUAAACAAUGUGCAGGAGUUGUGUGCGCAAGCGCAAAACAAUCUAAGUGAUUUCUGCUCUCAGAAAAAACAGCUAGAGGAUUUCUUGUCACAAAUGACUGAAUGGCUUAAGACUUUGGAGGGCUCUUUGCAGGAUACAGCUUCUGGAUCACCUCCAGAAGAGAUCUGCAGAGUGAAGGAUAUACAAAAAGAGCUGCAGAACCAGCAGACAAGUAUAGACUCAUCGCGGGAGAGUCUCAACACUCUUUGUAGGAAGUACCCUUCUGAAGAGCUGUCUAGCCUUGGGACUUCUUUAACUGAUCUCAUCAAGAAAUAUGAAGCUGUCAAUCAGCUGUGUGUUAAAAGGUUGGGAUCAAUGCAACAAGGGCUACAGCUGCUCUUUAGUGAUCUUUUGAAACAGUUUCACACUUGGCUGUCUGGACAAAAGGAUAUAGUGAGAGAAUGCUCGGAUUACUCUGGAGACAUCAGUGUUGUCGAACGCAAAUUGCAGAAGCUGAAGGGGGCUUUAGAGAGGGUAGAGGAUGGAGAAGGCCGGCUAAUGGAGGUAUGUCAGGAGGGGGAGAAACUCCUGCUUCACCUACCUAAGGCCAGUGCUAGCCAAGUGCAGCAGAGCCUCUCAUGCAUCCAGCAGGACUGGGAUAGUUAUGUGGAACAGUGUAGACUGAGCCAACAGAGUCUUGAGGAAAGUGCUACUCUUCUUAAUGGCUUUGAGAACAAUCUGCAGAGACUGACCCGCUGGCUGGAGCGUAUGGAAGUAAGAUUGAGCACGGAACUGCCUGAAAGCAAGCAUGCCGAGCAGGAGAAAACAUCACUAGAACGAGUUGAGGCGUUUUAUGAGGAGGUUCUGAAAGAAAGGGAUUCCUUUGAGAAUUUGUGUCAAGAAGCACAGACUUUGAAUGAGGGAGGUCAUGGAAGUGGUUCUGAGUUGCGGGUGUCGACGCAGCUACAGAUGCAGCAACAGACUCUACUGAAAGCAGUAAGAGAGCGUCUACGCAGCUGCCAACUCAGCCUGCAAGAGCAACAGUCUUUUGAUGAGACACUGCAGACUACAUGGGCCUGGCUCAGUAAUAUACAAGAACGACUCUCAGCACUCAGCAGCACCACUGGCAACAAAGAGACUCUCGAAAAGAGGUUGGGGCUUGUACAGGAUAUCUUGUUAAUGAAGGGAGAGGGAGAAGUGAAGCUGAAUAUGACAGUAGGCAAGGGUGAGCAGGUUGUGAAGAACUGUAGUAAAGACAAACAGAAGGCCAUCCGCUCUCAGCUUCAGAGUCUGAAAGAUUCCUGGGCUAACAUGCUUAUGACUGCCAUGAGCUGUCACAGUCGUUUGGAGUGGACAGUGACCCAGUGGAGCAGCUAUCAGGAAGGGAAAGCUCAGCUGCAGCAGUGGAUGGACACAGUGGAGCAGGAGAUUGAAGUCGCACUUCCUCAGCAGCCUGGAUUGAAAGAGAAAGUCUCUCUGCUGGAGCGCCUGCGGGCCAUAGAGGCUGAUAUUGAUAGUCACUCAGCAGCACUUAGUCGCCUGAACAAGAAAGCUACAGAACUGUUCGAGAAGACUGGAGACCAGGUCUUUGCAGAAGAGCCUAGAGCAGAACUCAAUGCCCAGUUUUCUGACAUCACAACAGUUAUCAAGAGUAAGGUACAGCAGAUGGGUGAAAUAGUGAAAGAGCAUGGGUUGUAUCUGGAGGCUGUGCGAGAUAUGAAUGACUGGCUGACGUCUGCUAAAGAGGAGCUCCAACGCUGGUCUGACAUGUCCGGAGAUGCUACCUCUGUUCAAAAGAAACUCUCCAGGGUGCAGGAGCUGUUGAACUCCAGGAAGCAGGGCAAGGAGAGGCUGGAGCGAGUGCAGCUGUGUGGGGCUGCAGCACGUGAUCACACCUCCACAGUUGGGUGUGAGGCUCUAGAGAGGGAGGAGGCAGGACUGCUUUCUGCUUGGGAACAGUGGGAACAUGGGGCCAAACAUGUGCGCUCUGGCCUAGAGGCCACUCUCGCUCAGAUGGCCAGCUCAGAUCAGGAGUUCAGCACUUUGGCUGCACAACUGGACAAGGACCUGGAGGAAUUUAGCAACCGGCUGCAUGAAUGGCGUGGAACACUGCAGCAGGUGGAAGCCAUGGACACCGCAGAGGAAGCUGUGCAGGCCUGGCAGAUUGCCAAGGAUACCCAGGAUGCAUUACUCAAUGCAGAACCCAUGUCAGACAGUCUGAAGUCACAGCUGAAUGACCUCUGCCGUUUCUCCAGAGACUUAGGAACGCACUCUACACGGGUAUCCACCCUCAUCAAAGAAUAUAACAGCCUCAGUCUGCAGGCCUCCCGGGAAUGCCAAAGAAAAGAGAAGCUGCUGGAGCAGAAGUUCCGUGGGGCUUUUCGAGAGUUUCAGCAGUGGCUGGUCAAUGCUAAAAUCAACACAGCCAAGUGUUUUGAUGCCCCUCAAAAUCUCAGUGAAGCGUCCUCUAGUCUUCAGAAGAUCCAGGAUUUCUUGAGUGACAGAGAGCAGGGACAUGGUAAGCUAAACGCACUGGCUGCUAGCGGAGACCUGCUGAUCAGCAUAGCUCCUAAAGAGCGAGUGAAUGCCGUCCGAGCUAAAGUGAGCAGUGCUCGAGAGGACUGGAAGACACUUAUGACAAACCUGCACCAGCGAGAGACUGCUUUACAAAACCUGCAGGCACAAAUGAGAGAUUUUGAGUCCAGUGUGGAGCCACUGCAGGAUUGGCUGAACCAGACGCAGGUUAUAGUGCAGGAAAGCAGUAGUCGCCUUCAUGACCUCCCAGCCAAGAAACACGAGCUUUACAAACUCCAGGAAAAAACCUCCAGGAUUGAGAGGAUUGUGUCCGAGCACCAGCUUUUCUCUCAGGGUCUGAAAGAACUGCAGAACUGGGUGGCAGAUACCAGUCACAUGCUGCAGUCGUACUGCACACCAACAGCAGAUAAGAAUGUGCUGGAUAGCAGGAUGAUCAAACUUGAGGCCUUGCUUACAGCUCGCCAGGAAAAGGAGAUCCAGCUGAAAAUGUUGGUCACUAGAGGUGAGUCUGUGCGGAGGAACACGUCAGCUGAGGGAGUGCCUCUGGUCUGUAAGCAGAUUGAGGACCUGAAGGACUCAUGGGACAGCCUGCUUUCUGCAGCUAUUCAGUGCAAGAGUCAGCUGGAGGGAGCUCUUUCACAGUGGACCAGUUAUCAGGAAGAUGUGAGUCAGUUUGUGAGCUGGAUUGAGAGUGUAGAAGAAAGUCUCAAUUCCACAGACAAGCAGUGCUCUGAGAUGAGAGAUAAAGUUGCCAACCUGGGCAAGGCCAAGUUGCUGUAUGAGGAUGUCCUGAGUCACAGCUCUGUCCUGGACACCAUCUCUGUGAAAGGGUCCAAAAUGGCCGAGCAUUAUGUCACCCAGUUGGAGAUUCAAGACUUGCAAGAGCGGUACAAGUGUGUUAAAGACAGGGCCCAGGCUGGGGUGGGAAAGGCAGAGGAGCUGUUGGUUGCUCAUCAGGAGUACCAGAACAAUCUGCAUGAAUUUAAAGACUGGUUGGAGCAGCAGCAGGAGAAACUGAGUUGCUACACCCAGCUAGAGGGAGAUGUUGAUUCCUUGGAGGAAACUCUACAUGAACUUCAAGAACUGCAAGUGCAUUGCACACAGGGACAGGCUCUGCUAAACACAGUACUAGUGAGUCGAGAGCAGGUUAUCCCGUGGGGAAUACCCCAAUUAGAGGACCGCAACCUGGAGACAGGGCAGCAGGAGUGGGGCUCUUACCAGACCCGUCUGUCUGAAACAAGAUCUCAGUUAAACAGUGCCAUCGCCAAGCUACGGCAAAUGGAGCAGAAGUUCCAGCGCCUUGAUAACUGGUUAAAGGAAAUGGAGAAUAAAAGUCAGCUGCGCAGUUGCAGGCGUUCCGAUAAAUCCACCAAAGAGGCCCAGCUAGAGCUGCUAAAGGGAUGGCAUGAGGAAGUCCUGGCGUACCAGGAGGAAAUAGAGGGAUUAAGUACCCUUGCCCAGCAAGUCUUGGAAGAAACACACAUUAGUAGUCGUAUCAGUACUAGGGCUACACAACUUACCUCACGCUACCAUGCCCUGCUUUUGCACCUGGUGGAGACAAUCAAACAACUGAAGGAGGAGGUGUCUGGCAUUGAAGAAGCCUAUAGCAUCUUCAGUACUUUUUCUGACUGGCUGAGCACAGCACAGAAAAAUUUUAGCAGUGUUGCCGUUAGCAUUGAUGCUAUCGAUUGUGUUGCCAUGGAGAAGAAAAUGAAAAAACUAGAGGCUCUGCAGGGUGACAUGGAGCUGGGGCAUACUUACAUGAAGACUGUGCGGGAGAAGACAGAGCGAGCUAUGAUAUUCCUGGAGGAAUCAGAGGCAGAGCAACUGAAAGAGGAAAUAAAUGGUCGUCUGUCCCAGCUGGAGGGGCUAAUGGGAGCUCUCAGGGCUGAGCUCAGUGCUCAGGAGAAGUGUAUUCAGCUAUCUAAGGACUUUCUAGACAAGUAUAAGGCACAGACCCAGUGGCUUAAUGAGAUGAAGUCUCUUUUGGUCUCCUCUGUGGAACUUAAAGCUGAACUUUACCAAAAAAAGGCCCAGUUAGCCAAGUACAAAACAAUCCAACAAACUAUGCAAUCUCAUGAAUCAUCUGUGAAGUCCGUCAUUGAGAAAGGAGAAGCUCUGCUUGAAAUUGUCCAUGAUCCCACUGUCAGUGAAAAUAUGACCAAGCUGCAAAAUGAUUAUCAAGAUCUAUGCAACAAAGCCAAGGCCCAUGUGCAGAUGCUGACAGAGGGGGUGAAAGAGCAUGAAGACUACAACAGUGAACUACAGGAAGUUGAGAAAUGGCUACUACAGAUGUCCAGUAGAUUGGUUACCUCUGAUUCUAUGCAAAGUGGCAAUCUAGAGAUGGCCACACAGCAGCUGGCACGACACAAAGCAAUAAUGGAGGAGAUAGCUAGCUUUGAAGAGUGUUUGACAAGUUUAAAGGAGAAAGGAGAUAGUCUUGUUAGUCAUUGUUCAGAGCAAGUCCAGGCCAAGCUCAACCAACAGAUUCAGGCAAACCAACAAGGAACCAAAGACAGCUAUUCAGCUAUCUGCAGCACAGCACAACGGGUGUAUCAGAGUCUUGACCGGGAGCUACAGAAGCAUGUUAGUCACCAGGACACCCUGCAACAGUGUGAGACUUGGCUCUCAACUGUCCAAGAGGAAUUGCAACUAGAUUCACCUACCCCCUUUGGACUUCAGGAGGCACUAAAACAGGUGAAGCACUUAAGGGCUCUGCAGGAGCAGGCCAGCACCUAUCUUGAUCUGGUUUGCUCAGUGUGUGACUUAUCUGAUGAAGCAGUAAGAGCCACGGCUACUAAGAUCCAGCAGAUCAAAACAAUGUUUGAAGAAAGGAUAACCAAAGCUCAGCAGCUGUCAGACAGCUGGAGGGAAAUUAAGGAACAGAAGCAGGAGCUCUCUACAUUAUUCCAGGAUUUGGAACAGCAACUGCAUAGUCUCUCCAGAAGACCUGCUGAACUGGAGCCCAAGAUUGCUCAGAACAUGUUGGAUCAAGCCAAAGAAUUUGGUGAGCAGCUGCACAGCAGGCAAAGCACACUGACUAAGAUGACAGAGCAUGUGAGUAAGCUUACAGAAGGCAAGGCUUCUCCAGAACACACUGAACUUAACCGCCUGAGUCAUGCAUGGCUGGAGCUAUGUCAUGAGGCCAAUAAGCUUCAAGCCCAAAGGGAAGAGGAUCUGCUAAGGACAAGAGAGUACCAUGACUGCAUCAGUGCUUUGGAAGGUCUUUUUGAGCAGGUUUCCAAGGAGUGGGACAACCUAGCACGAACUGAAGCAGAGAGCUCAUCUGAACAUCUAGAGGCUCUCCGGAAACUCUCUGUUGUCCUCAAAGACAAGAAGAGCAUACUUGAAGAUCUUAAAGACCAGAAACAGAAAGUGAUGUAUUACUUAAACCUAGAUGAUAAGGAGCUGGUAAAAGAACAGAUCAGCCACUUUGAGCAGCGAUGGUCCUAUCUAGAGAGUCUCAUUGAAAGAAAGGUUCAGGACUCUAUCAUAACACUUGAGGAUAUGACUCAGGUUGAAUCUCGACUCAAAGAGGCAAGAGAGUGGGCUGAGGAGCAGAAGCCUGCUUUAUCCGAGGCUAUGAAAAUGAGCCCGCCGCCAGAGGUGGCCCAGAGCUUCCUGUUUGAUCACCUUAGUAUGUGCAGUGAGCUUGAAGCAAAGCAGCUACUGCUGGCCCAAGCCAUGAGCGAUGCAGACAGGGUUUUAGCACACCUAGGCUUGAAUGAAAGACAGCGAUUACAGCAGCUCAUCUCAGAAACCCAGGCUGAAGUAGAAGCACUGAGUAUUAAAGUGGCUCAGAGAAGAAAAAACCUCAGUAAGGCUUUCACAGAAAGGACGCAGUUCCUGCUUGCAGUAAACCGUGCAAUCACCUGGGUUCAGCAAAAUGAGAAAAAAGCACAUUCCGAUGAUUACAUAGCCCUUUUACCAGAUGACUUGACUAAGCAGGUAAGAACCUGCAGGAACAUUCAGAGCAGCCUGAGAGCUUACCAGAGUGAGCUUACUUCCUUAUGGUCCCAAGGAAGAGAUCUAAUGAAAGAUGCCACUGAGGAUGAGAAGGCUGAGAUGCUAACCAAGCUACAAGAAUUGCAGAACAGUUUUGAGGUAGCUUUGCAAAAGUGUAAUCAAAGACUUCAGGAACUAGAGAAAGUAUUGGUAACUAGAAAAUACUUCAAAGCAGAUCUGGAGAAGACAUGCCAGUGGUUGAAACAAGCAGAUAUUGUGACAUUUCCUGAAAUAAACCUAAUGAAUGGAGAUGCAGAACUAAAAGCACAACUAACAAAAUACCAACAAAUAUUGGAUCAAGCAGCAGAAUAUGAAAAUCUCCUUCUCAUUGUCCAACGAGCAGGCCAAGACAUAUUGCCUACCCUCAAUGAGGUUGACCACUGUUACUUAGAUGAGAAACUUAAUGGUCUUCCACAACAAUACAACAACAUCUUAGCAUUAGCAAAAGAAAAACAGGAGAAAAUACAGCAAGCCAUUCUUGCACGUCAGGAGUAUUCCUCCUUUAUUGAUGUGACACACAAAGCAUUGAAAGAGCUUGAGGAACAGUUCCAUAACCUUGGUACUCAGCCUGUUGGUUUGCAGACGGAGCAGGUCAUCUGUUUGCAGCAUGAUUAUAAAGCACUACUUGAAGAGUUGACAAAUCUUGGCCAGGCUGUUAGUGAGCUUAACCAGAAAAAAGAGGGUUUUCGCAGCACUGGUCAGCCAUGGCAGCCUGAGGAAAUGACUCAACUGGUCAGCCUGUAUAAUGGUCUGAAGAGGCUAAUAGAACAGAAAGUAGAACACCUUGAUGAUACUUUAGAGUCAUUUGAAGACCAUCAAGCCAUGGCCAUGCAGGUUGAUUCUGAGUUGAAAGCCACAAAAGAACAACUUGUCAAAGUCAAUGCUGAAACCCAAUCAGCUGAAGAGAGACUGAAAAAUUAUCAUUCCCUAGCCGCCAGUCUUCAAGGAGCCAGCUCUCACCUAUCCCGGCUCAUGGAGCAGAUGGGAAACCUGGCCUCUCACAUGGACCCAGCUGCCCAUGAGGCUUCUAAGCAGCGGGUGAUAUCCUGGCAGGAGGAACUUCACUCUCUGCAGUCAGCUGUUGGGGAGUUGAUAGUGGAGUGUGAGAACAGAUUUGUGCAGAGUAAAGACUUUGAGACUGAGGUAAAGCGGACUUUGACUUGGCUGCAGCAGGUCAGAGAUGAGCUGGGAUGUGCUGUUGUUGUGGAUGUAAAGGUGGAAAAGGUUCAGGAAGAGAUCAGAAAGCAACAGAUCAUGCAUGAGGAGGUGCAGUCCCGACUCAGGAUUGUGGCUGCAUUGAGCACUAGGGAAAAACAGAAGUACACCAGUGCUAAUGAACUUGUUCCAGCCCAUGUGGAUUCCAGUAUUCAAGAAAUGGCAAAAUUGGAAGUUGAUGUUCAAGAAGCUCUUAGCUCAAAACAGAUUACUCUUGAACAAGCUCUCGCUUUGUGUCAAAAGUACCAUUCACGUAUGCAAGCAGCAUGUGAGUGGCUUGAAGAUGCUGUCGGAUUUUUGCAGCAGGCAAGUCUGGGAGUGGAUGUAGAGAACUAUGAAGAGUGUCUACGACAGCAAGAGGAUAUCAUGGCAACUGAGCAGGACUUCCUCAGUGUGUUGCAGGAGCUUGAAGAGCUCCCACCCCAGCUGGAGAAUCUAGUGAAUCACACAGCAAAAGAACAGCUACGAGUGAGUGUGGAGUCUGCUCAACAAAGAGGUGUAGAGGUCAGAGACCAGCUUCAGUGUCAUCAGGAUGUUUUGAACAGCUGUGUGGAGCAAUGGAAAUCUUACCAAGAGACCCGGCAGACCGUGAUUGAUCUCAUGAAUGAGGCAGAGAAGAAGCUGACUGAGUUCUCUACAGCCAAGGCAGCAACUAUUCAGGAAGCAGAAGAGAAACUCAAAAGUCAUAAGUCACUGGUGUCCAUGGUGAAUGGAUUUCAGGAGAAGCUGACAGGUCUAGAGGAACAAGCAUCUCAGUUAGAGCUGGUUGGCAGUGAUACCAGCAAAGCCACCAUUAGCCGCUCUAUGACCACAGUAUGGCAGCGUUGGACUAGACUCCGAAGCAUGGCACGAGGUCAAGAGAGGGUGCUGGAGGACACAGCUCACGAGUGGAGAACUUUCAGAGAGAAGAUUAACAAAGUAAAGGCUGUAGUAGAAGAGAUAAAGAGUCAUCUCCCUGAAUGUUCUGUUGAAAAAGCCUCUAAAGCCACACUUCAGUCCUAUCAAGAGCAACACGAGCUGGUCACUCAGGACCUGGAGCGGGAAUUGUCGUCUCUCACACUCCUGCGGCAGUAUGCCCUCAGCCUGUUGCAUGAUGUGGAAGUCUCAGUGCCAACAACGGAUCUUGACCAGCUGCCUAGUCUGAAGGAGAUCAAAGCCGUGCAGGAUCAGUUGGAGAGUCUCUUAAAGAAGUCCAAAACAGAUAAAGCACAUGCCCAGCAGGAACUGAAAGAUAGAGAGGAAGUAGAAAGAGGGCUAAGCUUGGUAAAAAGCUGGAUUCAGGAUUCUAGAGAGCUCUUGCUCAAUCCCACUCCCGAUAUGGACAUUCUCACACAGGAGCUAGAGGCCAUGCAUGCAGAACUAAUAGCCCAUCGUCAGAAUGUGGAUAAAAUUGCAGAGCAACAGCAGAGCAAAUACCUGGACUUGUUCACUAUACUGCCUUCAGAGAUCUCCAUGCAGUUAGCAGAAGUUGCUUUGGCUCUAGGCUCUAUUGAAGAUCAGGUUCAAGCCAAGGAAAGAGACAUUCAGAAGACUAGAGUUAUCAAAGAGGAAUUCAAUUCCAGGAUCAAAGACAUUUCUGAGAAAUUAAAAAGUAUUUCUACAGCACUUAAAGAAAAGGCCACCGAUAUUGAUCAAGCCAAAGAAGAAACCCAAGGUUUCUGCACUGAACUAGAAUGCUGUGGCAGAACACUUGCUGAACUGAUUGUUGCUGUACAAGACCUUGGUCGGCGUCACCCACUUCUGUCCAAGCAACUAAGCGAUAGCAUUGCUAAAUUAGGAGAGAUCCACCAUCACACUCUUCGUUUAGCAGAGUACAGAACAGUCUGGCUAAAGAAGGCUGACGCACAUCUAGAUGAGUACAAUGAGAUGCUUGAGUUUAUAGUGAAAUGGACAGAGCGUGCUCGCAGCUUGGUUAAGACCAAUAUCAUCUGGAAUUCUUCCUCUGACUUGCAGGAGCAGAUCAGAAUGUACCAGUCUGUGUUGCAUGAAUCGAAGGAGCUCCAUGGUGAUCUGGAAGCUAUGCAGGAGAAGGUGGAAGUGCUGUCUGAGUGUCUGCAGGUAGAGUCCAUGGGCCAGCAGAUGGCUGAGCUGAGUCGCCACACAGAGGAACUGGAGCAGGCUAUCAAGUCACGGUUGCAGAGUCUACAGGAAGCUGCUAUGGACAUGGAAAAGUUUGAGAGUGAGGUAAAAGCCUUGCAUAUGGCUCUGGAGCAGGUCCAGGCAACCCUUACUUCUCCUGAACUCGCCCGCCUGAGUCUCAAAGAACAGCUGACUCAGAGACAGCAUUUGUUGUCAGACAUGGAGAGCUUUAAGCAGCAGGUGGAUGCAGUGCAGGCCUGUCAGAGUGCACUUCGCAUGCCAGAGGAGGUGGUAAACAGCCUGUGUAUCUGUCGUACAGCUCUUAACCUGCAGCAGGAAGCCAGCCAGCUGCAGCACACUGCCAUCCAACAGUGCAACAUUCUACAGGAGGCUGUGGUUCAGUAUGAGCAGUAUGAGCAAGAAGUACAACAUUUGCAGGGACUAAUUGAAGAUGCUCACAGGGUAAUUCAAGACCGACCUGUUCCCACCAGCAAUAUCCAGGAGCUACAGAGCCAGAUACGUCACCAUGAGGAGCUGGCCCAGAAAAUCAAAGGAUACCAGGAACAGAUUGCAUCGCUAAACUCUAAGUGUAAAAUGUUAACAGUGAAAGCCAAGCAUGCCACCAUGCUGCUGACUGUAAGAGAUGCAGAGGGCCUGGCUGAGGAUGCACAGGAUUUUGACAGAGAGAUAACACCUGGUCACAGUCACACCCACCUGUCUCCCGUCACUGAAGAGUCUGGUGAAGAAGGCACUAACAGCGAGAUUUCCACUCCCCUCUGCCGUCCCCAGUCCCCUAUUACUAAUUCUGAGGCAUCACUUAACAUGUUGUCCUCAGUCCGAGCUACUCUCGUCAGAGCUCCUGUACAGGAGCUGUAUGAUCCGACCCUUGAUUCUGUGGCUAAGCUUGAUGACCUUCAGCGUUCAUGGGAGACACUGAAAAAUGUGAUCAGUGAAAAGCAGAAGACACUUUAUGAGGCUCUGGAGAGACAACAGCGAUACCAAGGCUCUUUGCAGUCCAUUUCCCUGAAAAUGGAGACCAUUGAGACCAGCCUGAAUGAGCCUCCUUUGCAUGACCUAAGCCCAGGCAGGCAGAUAGUCCUGCAUCAGAAUCUAAUGGGAGACAUUACCAGGCUUCAGGAUGACAUAGAUGAGCUGCAAUCAAACUUUGCUGAAGAUCUGACGUUUGAGACUGUAGACGCUGACACAGCUGAACAGCUAGCUAUGCAAUCCACUCUCACUGUGUUAUCUGAUCGUAUGGCCACCAUACAGAUGAAAGCCUCUGGAAAACAGCAGCUUCUGGAGGAGCGUUUGAGUGACCGUCUUGAGAAGCAGCAGCAGGAGGAGGCCUUACAGCUCUAUCUAAGCCAGGUGGAUGAUCUCGACCAAUGGUUGCUGAGUGCACGCAGCAUGCUAAGCUCCACCCCUCAGGAUUUAGACAUGAACGUGGAGCUCUCAGACUGCCAGAACAUGCUGCUGGAGAUUGAAGAGAAGGUGCUUGCUCUCUCUGAGCUCUCUUUGCACAGUGAAGCUCUUCUGCUGGAGGGUCGGCCAGAGACGAGGGAUGAAGCUGAGCAGCUAGCCAGGAGACUACGUGCUUUAAAAGGCAGCUUGGUGGAGCUGCAGCGUAUGCUACAAGACAAACAGAUAAAUCUCCAGGGGUCACUACAGGAGCAAUCGGACAGUGAGUCAGAGUCCAGUCUCUCUCAGAGUCCUAAUGUGCAGGACUGGCUGGCACAUGCCCACUCCACACGGAGCCAGCACCAACAGGAUACCCUGCAGAGACAACGGGAACUUGAGGAGCAAUUGGCUGAGCAGAAGAAGCUGCUGAAAUCUGUGGCUAGCCGUGGAGAAGAGAUCCUUAACCAGCAGGCUUCACCCAGCAGGGCCAGUGUUUGUGAGGUACCCAGUCCAGAACUGGACACUGAGAGGCAGGCUGAACUGGGACAGAGACGAAAGAGAUGGGAGAGCCUGAGAAAAGACUUGAACACCAAACUGCACCUUCUGCAGCGCACUCUGGAGCAGGACACCAAGCAACCAUUUUAUUCUAGGACUGCUCGUGUAAGCACGUCUCCUCCUUUCUAUAAAAGAGAAGCCCAGGUUAAGGACAAGUCUACACUGAAGUCAUUAUACAAUAAAUUCAACCAGGGUGCGGAGAAUGCUCAGGUUACAGGUUCAGCAGAAGAUCAAGGUAUGCAGAUAGAACAGCAGUUGUAUUCAGCAGUUACAGCCACUUCGUCUUGGCUAGAUGAUGUAGAGAACACACUGUUCUCAAGGGCAAUGCUUCUGACGGAGAACGCAGAGACACAGCUCUCCAACCAUGAGGCUUUAGGAAAAGAUGUGGCUGAGGUCACGGGAGAGGUGACCCGCAGCCGAGUAUUGCUAGGGAGUGUUGUGGGGUUCCCUGGAGAAAAGCAGACCCUGAUGGAAGAUACACUUGACUGCCUGUCUCAGCGACUGGAAACUUUAGACUCAGCAGUGGAUCGUCGCUGUGAGAGCAUGAGGAACAGGAUGCUGGAUCUCACUGCUUUCCAGACUGAGCUGGAGGUUCUCUUCUCAGUCAUAAGUGAAAGCAAGUUUCAUAUUCUACAGAAGCUUGCAGGGAUCCUCGACUGCCCACCAGAUAAACAACUAGAGACAAUCGCUGAGGUAGAAGAGUCCCUUAGAGUGUUAGAGCAUAAAAUUACAGAUUUGAAAACCAGAGGAGCAGCUCUGCAGCCAGAUCAGAUUUCUAACAAUGAACUGAUGAAACUCCAGGACACAUACGAAGAGCUGGUUAUGACAGUCGGCUCUCGUCGGAGUGGGCUGAACCAGAGCAUGGCUCUGAAGGGUCAGUAUGAAAGAGCAUUACAAGACCUGGUAGAUCUGGUUGAUACUGCUCAGGACAAGAUGACUGCUGACCAGAAGAUAAUUGCUGGCUCAGUGGAAGAAGUCCAAAGUCUGUUAGACAAACACAAGGAGUUCUUCCAAGGGCUGGAGUGGCACAUGGUCUUAACCGAGACGUUCUACAAGAAAAUUAGUGCUUUUGUCCUGCCACAGGAGAGCCAAGCAUUGGAGGACACUUUGGCCCAAGCGCAGGAGGUUCUAAAGCAGGCUCACAAGAAAGGAGUGGAACUGGAGUACAUCCUGGAGACAUGGAGUCGUUUGGUCUUGGACUAUCAAUGUCUGAAUAGGCAUCUAGAGGUAGUGGAAGGCCGCAUGCCUGCUGUUCCCCUGUUAGAGGAGUCGGAGGAGAGGUUAACUGAAAGAAUAGAACUGUAUCAGAGCUUGAAGUCCAUUCUGGCAGAGCACCAGCACAAGCUUCAUCAGGUACUAGAGGAGGGCAAGUCCCUGCUGCAGUCUGUGGCCUGCCACACACUGGAGAACCAACUUACUCUGCUGGGGGAACACUGGCUAAGCAACAGCACUAAUGUCAAUAAAGAACUGCUACGUCUGGAGUCUAUCCUCAAACACUGGAUAAGAUAUCAGAGUGAAUCUGCUGAGCUAAAUGAGUGGUUACAGGAUGCUUUGGAACGUUUGGAGUUCUGGAACAAUCAGUCAAUAACUGUACCUGAAGAGCUUGAGACAGUUAGAGGACACCUGUCAGCUUUCUUGGAUUUCAGUAAGGAAGUUGAAGCUCACUCUAGUUUAAAAUCUUCAGUAUUCAAUGAAGGAAACCAGCUGUUAAGGCUGAAGAAGGCAGACACAGGCAUUCUGAGGGCAGAGUUAGCCCGUGUGGAGGCCCAGUGGGCUGAGCUGCUCACUCGCAUCCCUGUUGUGCAAGAGAAACUCCACCAGUCUCAAAUGGACAAGUUGGCUUCAUGCCAUGCCAUCACUGAACUGGUAAACUGGAUCUCACUGAUGGAGAGAGUGAUGGAUGAGGAUGAAGACAACCUUAAAGGAGCUGUGGGGUCAAAGGUUAUCCAGGAGUACUUGCUGUGCUAUAAGGGUUUCUGUGUAGACGUGAACUGCAAGCAGUUGACUGUAGACUUUGUGAACCAGUCAGUGCUGCAGAUCAGUGGACAGGAUGUGGAGAGCAAGCGCAAAGAUAAGACAGACUUCGCUGAGAGGUUGGGAGCCAUGAACCGCCGCUGGCAAAUCCUCCAGGCUCGCAUCACUGAGAGGGUUCAGUACUUGGAGGGCUUGAUUCAGUCCUGGCUCGACUACGAAAGCAACGUGGAAUGCCUUAAAACCUGGUUAUGUGCUCAGGAAGAGCGUCUCAAGAGGAAACACAAAAUUGAGGAUCUCUCCUCUGUGCAAAAUGCUCUCAGAGACUGCCAGGAGAUGGAAUUAAUGGUUAAGGAAAAGGAGAAGGAGGUGGAAAGAGUGGAAGAACAGGCUUGUGCUCUUGUCCAGAACAAAACAGAUGAAGCCUGCGCUGUUGUCAUGGAGACUCUCCAGGCGAUGAAUCACGCUUGGGCCAAUCUUGACCAUUUAAUUGGACAGCUAAAGAUCAGCCUGAAGUCAGUAUCGGAUCAAUGGAGCCAGUACAGGCAGGCAUCUGAAGAGAUUAACAGCCACCUGACAGAGGGAAGGUACUCUGUUUCUCGCUUUAGACUACUCACUGGUUCUCUGGAUGCGGUGCAGCUCCAGGUGGACAGUCUGCAGAACUUGCAGGGAGAGCUGGAGAAGCAGGAAAGCAGUCUGAGAAAGUUUGGAGCAAUUACACAUCAACUACUAAAGGAAUGCCACCUGUCUGUGUCUGAGUCUCUGAACAACACCCUUAAAGAUGUCAAUGCCAGGUGGAGCAGUCUCUUAGAAGAGAUUGUGGAACGUUUGAAGAGCAGUAAAGCUUUGCUACAGCUGUGGCAGAGCUAUAGAGACCUGUACGAGCAAAACAAAGGCAGCAUUCAGAGCCUGGAGGACAAAGCAGAGCAGCUCCUGAAGAUAGUGAACAAAAAAGACAUCUCAGAGGAGGAGGUGUCUAACUGGAUUCAAGAAUGUACAGAGUUGCUGCGAUCUCAGGCGCCAGUGAAAGCCUCUCUGCAGGUCUUAUUGGAGCUAGGAGAACAGCUCAAACAGCAGGUCGACACCUCAGCUGCAGCCUCCAUCCAGUCUGACCACCAAUUCCUUUCCCAGCGUCUUGGCUCCAUGAAUCAGACUCUCACCCGUCAACAAGCUGCCCUGCAGGCAGGAAUGCAGGACUAUGAGACUUUUAACGAACAGCUGGCCACUCUCUAUCGGUGGACAGUUGAAGCUGAGGAGGUUCUUAAAAGCCAGGACCCCAAUGGCUCCUGUGACCAGUUAGUUAUCCAGGACCGCAUGGAAGAGCUCAAGAAACAGAUGCUGAAGUUUAGUAGCAUGGCUCCAGACCUGGAGCGUCUGAAUGAGCUGGCCUACAGGCUGCCCCUCAGUGACUCUGAGAUUAAACGCAUGCAGAACUUGAACAGGAACUGGACCACCAUAUCAGGCCAGACCACUGAGAGAUUCAGUAAACUUCAGGCCACCCUGCUACAGCAGCAGACAUUUCUGGAGAAGUGUGAGACAUGGAUGGAGUUUUUGGUGCAGACAGAGGAGAAGCUUGCUGUGGAAAUCUCCGGAAACUUCCAGAGCUUAAUGGAGCAACAGAAAACUCAUGAGUUGUUCCAGGCGGAGAUGUUCAGCAGACAGCAGAUCCUUCACUCCAUCAUCAGUGAUGGACAGCAUAUGCUUGAGCAUGGACAGGUGGACGACAGAGAUGAAUUUAAGCUGAAGUUGGCCCUGUUGAGUAACCAGUGGCAGGGAGUGGUGAGGCGGGCUCAGCAGCGGAGAGGCAUCAUAGACAGCCUGCUUCGCCAGUGGCAGCGCUACAGAGAGAUGCUAGAGAAGCUACGCAAAUGGCUAGCAGAGAUCUCACAGCAUAAUGAUGCUCUGCAGCCUGGAUCUACAGUACCACUGCAACAGGCCAGAGCCAUGCUGGAUGCUGUGCAGCUGAAGGAGAAGGUACUUCAGAGGCAGCAAGGCAGUUACAUUCUGACAGUGGAGGCGGGGAGGCAGCUUUUGCUCUCUGCGGACAGUCGGGCAGAAGUAUCCCUGCACGAGGAGCUGCUCAGCAUCCAGGAGCGCUGGAGACAUGCCAACAUUUGCCUGGAGGAGCAAAAAAGAGAGCUGGCUGUACUACUUAGGGAUUGGCAAAGAUGUGAGGAGGGCAUUGGAGGGUCUCAGGAGAAACUGCGAGCUUUUAAGCGCCAACUUUCUCAGCCGUUACCGGAUCACCAUGAGGAGCUGCAGGCUGAACAGAUGCGAUGCAAGGACUUGGAGAGCAUGUUUGACGGUUGGACAGAGGACCUGGCUCAUCUGACUGUGCUGAGAGAAUCGCUUUCAAGCUACAUUAGCAGUGAAGACCUGUGUGUGCUGCAGGAACGCAUUGAACUACUGCAGCGCCAGUGGGAGGAGAUCUGUCACCAGUUGUCUUUGCGCAGGCAGCAGGUGAGUGAGAAGCUGAAUGAGUGGGCCAUCUUUAAUGAGAAGUAUAAAGAGCUGUGUGAGUGGCUCACACAUAUGGAGAACAAGGUCUCGCAAAAUGGUGACAUUAGCAUUGAAGAGAUGAUCGAGAAACUUAAAAAGGACUACCAGGAUGAAUUAACAGCUGCUCAGGAGGAUAAGCAGCAGCUCCAGCAGAUGGGAGAGCGUUUGGUCAAAGCUAGCCAUGAGAGCAAAGCUUCAGAGAUAGAACAUAAACUCGUUAAGGUCGGUGAUCGCUGGCAGCACCUGCUCGACCUCAUCGGUGCUAGGACAAAGAAACUGAGGGAGACUCUGGUAGCUGUGCAGCAGCUGGAUAAGAACAUGAGCAGCCUGCGUUCCUGGCUGGCCCACAUUGAGACAGAGCUCUCUCGUCCUAUUGUCUAUGACACCUGUGACUUCCAGGAGAUCCAGAGAAAACUUGACCUACAGCAGGAGCUGCAGAGGGACAUAGAGAAGCACAGCACAGGAGUGGCCAGUGUGUUGAACCUGUGUGAGGUUCUGCUUCACGACUGUGAUGCUUGUGCUACAGACGCGGAAUGCGACUCUAUCCAACAGGCCACACGGAGCUUGGACCGCCGCUGGAGGAGCAUCUGCGCCAUGUCAAUGGAGAGAAAGAUCAAGAUUGAAGAGACAUGGCGACUCUGGCAAAAAUUUUUGGAAGACUUCUCCCACUUUGAGGAAUGGUUGGCAAUGUCUGAGAGGACAGCUGCCCUACCAAACUCUUCUGGUGUGCUUUACACAGUGGCCAAGGAGGAGUUAAAGAAAUUUGAGGCUUUCCAGAGGCACGUGCAUGAGAGCCUGACCCAACUAGAACUAAUUAAUAAGCAGUACAGGCGGUUGGCACGAGAGAAUCGCACAGAUGCAGCUUGUCGACUUAGGGAGAUGGCACAUGAUGGAAACCAACGGUGGGAUAACCUGCAGAGAAGAGUGUCCUCUAUCAUGCGCCGACUAAAGCACUUUAUUACCCAAAGAGAGGAGUUUGAGACCGCUCGAGACAGCAUACUGGUGUGGCUAACAGAGAUGGACCUUCAGCUAACUAAUAUUGAGCACUUCUCCGAGUGUGAUGUCCAGGCCAAAAUCAAACAACUCAGGGCAUUCCAGAAGGAGAUCUCACUAAACACAACCAAAAUUGAGCACAUCCUGCAGCAUGGUGAGGCACUGAUUGAGAAGAGUGAGCCUCUGGAUGCUGCAGUUAUUGAGGAGGAGCUGGAGGAGUUACAGCACUACUGCCAGGAGGUUUUUGGACGAGUGGAACGCUACUACAAAAAACUCAUUCGUCUACCGGUACAGUUCACAGAGGAUGAGCAUGACAUUUCCUACUCGGAUCGGGAAUUUGAUUUAGACGAGCCAGCCGAUGUGUCCAGCCUUCCGUGGAGUGAGCGCCUAGGAGACAGUCAACUUUCUCCGGUGCCUUCUUCAAGCCGAUCUGCCUCCCUGGCUGUCCCACUUCGGGCUGAGGGGUCAGGCCGAGAUACUCCAGCUAGCGUUGACUCAAUUCCCCUAGAAUGGGACCAUGACUAUGAUCUGAGUCGUGGCCUAGAAAGUGCCACCAGAUCCUCAGAGCAAGGAGAUGAGGGCAAGGAUGGUGUAUUCCUGCAAGGUUCAGCAUCUGCACUUUUAGAUGUAGUGAUCCCAGAGAGCCCAGAUGCAUAUGUAAAACUAACUGAGAAAACACUGAAAACCAUCUCUGGGGAUGGAGCCUCUCCUGAGACUCAUUUCCGGCAACUCGCAAAGGCCCUUGAUACCAGUCACUUCCACCUCCAGCAGACUGAGAACAUGAUCCGCAGCCGCACACCUACUGGCCCUGAGCUGGAUACCUCUUACAUGGGUUAUAUGCGGUUGCUUGGGGAGUGUCGUGACAGUAUCGAUACAGUGAAGAGAGUCGGCUGUGAGCUAAAGGAGGAAGAGCACAAACUGGCAGGGUUUGCCAACCCCAACAGCUCAGAAUCACAGACAUCCGGGGUAAUUGAGCGCUGGGAACUGCUGCAAGCACAGGCCCUCAGUAAAGAGCUACGCAUGAAGCAGAACCUGCAACAGUGGCAACAAUUUAACUCAGACCUAAACAGUAUAUGGACCUGGCUGGAACAGGCUGAAGAGGAGCUGGAGCAGCAGCGGAGGCUGGAUGCCAGCACUGAUAUCCACACCAUUGAGCUGCGCAUCAGAAAGCUCAAGGAACUACAAAAAGCGUUGGACAAGCGGAAGGCCAUAUUGCUGUCCAUAAAUCUGUGCAGUUCUGAAUUUGUGCAGCCAGAGAGUGAAGGUUCUGUGGAGCUGCAGAGCCGACUAAAGGAAAUGAAUAACCGGUGGGAGAGGCUAACUGGCUCUCUUGAUGAAUGGAGGAGUUCUCUCCAAGAUGCACUAAUGCAGUGCCAGGACUUCCAUGAAAUGAGUCAUGGUCUUUUGCUGUGGCUAGAGAACAUCGAUCGCAGGAGAAAUGAGAUUGUCCCCAUUGAUCACAGUCAGGACACUGACACGUUGCACGGACAUCAUAAAACUCUCUCGCAAAUCCGUAGAGAACUGCUCGACUCUCAGCUGAAAGUGGCAUCCUUGCAAGACAUGUCUUUGCAGCUGUUGGUUCACUCAGAGGGCAGUGAGUGCCUGGAAGCCAAGGAGAAGGUGCACGUCAUUGGCAACCGGCUUAAGAUACUACUUAAAGAAGUGACACGAGACAUCAGAGAGCUGGAGAAAACUCUGGACAUCACCAGUAGUCAACAGGAUCUGUCUUCUUGGUCAUCUGCUGAUGAACUGGACACAUCAGGUUCCUUGAGUCCUGUGUCUGGACGAAGCACUCCCAGCCGCCACCGAUCGAAACGGGGCAAAAGUAGUCUGUCACAGCCUGGACCCUCUGUGAGCAGUUCACACUACAGGUCCCUCAGCGCCGCUGGAUCCGGUUUCUCCCGUUCUGAGAAGUCACGCUCCUGGUGUAGAACUUUCCUUCAACGAGUUCUUUGGGCCUCACUGCCUGUGCAGCUGCUAUUGCUGCUAUUGGUGGCCUUGGCCUGUCUGGUGCCUAUGUAUGACGAGGACUACAGUUGUUCCCAGUCUAACAACUUCGCCCACUCAUUCCAUCCUAUGCUCAGCUACACAAACGGGCCUCCACCUAUGUGAGGUCUUUUUUUUUUAUGUUAGGCAGUCUUCAUUUCGGAGGUCUUAAAAAGAUAAAAGUAAAAAGAUUUUACUCUGACUGGGACCACUAGAUUAGCAUCCAGAGCUAAUCAUGUUUGUGUCUUUGUAUUGCUAAAUAGAGCUGCUAAAUUUACUCAUGUCUCGUGUGGAUGUUUCGACAAAAAAAAAGCUCUUUGCACUGAAAAUGAUAAUGCUGUAGGACAGGUGCUUGCUGGUGGGACAGACAGUUCUUCCAAACUUCAAAAGUAUUUUGACUGGAUAGCACUGGAUUUUAAAUAGAAAUAUUAUUGAUGGGAUAUAUUAUAAUCUACUAAAGCCUAUUAUUUUGGUUUUGUUUGUUAAUUAAAGUAUGGAAAGUAUUGACAUAUGAUUUAAUGCAAAGAAUAUAACUGAAUUCCUUACAACAAAUGAGUUGUAAACCAACUUUAAAGAGCUAUAUAUGGGAACUAUUUUUAUAUGUAUUUUUGGCAUGUUGUAAUCUUUUUGCUUUUAAAAUUGUUUGAUUUAUUGGAUUUGUCAUUGUUUAAGACUGGUCCUAAUUAUAACUAACUUACUAUAAUAA